AACAACGUCUUUGUAUUGGUUUGUGUACAAUCUCUCGCGGCAGAAUUUAAAAACAGCCAGAGAUCAGCUGCUGCACAGACGCCGCGCCGUGAGUUCUGGGUCGAACGACUGUGUAUUUAUAGUGAACUUUCUGCCGGUUUAUCGGACUGAGCUUUGCCUGAGGGACAGGAGAAAUUGGAUUGAAAGUAGAUCUUCAUCCAGGUCUAAAUCAAACACACCAUGUUUUCAAAAUCUAAAGUCACACGUUUCAAUGAAAUCACUGGCUGUGCGCCAGGUGUAGGAAGCUAUGAUGUCAAAGAUACAAGGAAAGUUAAAGGAGCUGCAGCAGUGGCCAUGAGUGACAAAUCACAACGUUUCAGAGAAAACAAAGAUUCAACCAGUAGUUUGGAGGACAGCGUAAUGUUCAAGAGCUCCUCGAUGAGUGAACUAAGAACCCCAAACAAGUCCAAUGCAUCUAUGGUUAAAGGAGUUGAGAGAAGAAGGAAUGCUUCUACUGUGAGUACACCUCGUCAUCAAGCAGAAAAUGGCAAAAUAAAACAGUUAGAAGCAAAGAUCAAACACCUUCUGCUUCAGGAGACGGAGAUGGGUCGAAGGCUCCAGCAGGCGCAGGAGAAAACUGAGAAGCUUGACGGGAAGCUACAGGCCGCUUACAAAGAAAAGGCCCAGCUUCAAGCCCAGUUAGCCAAGUCAGAGAAGCAAAUCGUAGAGCUAUCAAGAGCCAAGGAUGUCCUUAUGAAUAAGGUUGAUAAUCUGGAGAGUACACAUUCAAGGCAUAACAGUACAUCAGAAGAACUUGAUGCCGCUAAACUUCAACUCAAGAAGAAAGAGAAGGAGCUUGAGCAAAUCACAACAGAACUGAACAACAAGGUGAAUUCCCUGCAAGCGGACCUUUGUGCAGCUCAUACCAACAUCAAGGCACUCCAGGAAGCCAGGCACGCUUUAGAACAAACCAAUCAAGAAAUGAGAGACCAUGGAGAGGUUAUUGAGGAAGAGAUCAGGCAACUUCAAGCUGUAACCGAUUGCCUUCGAGAAGAGAACAUCCGUCUCCAGGACAACUUGAGCUCAGCCAUCAUCCAGCAGGAGUCGACAGAAAAUAUGAUAGAAAGAAUCAAGAGAACCCUCCUGGAGACUGAGUCAAGACUGGAUGCAUCUGUUGCAAAUGAGGCUUCCCUCAAACAAGCCAGGUCCGAGUUGGGAGAGAAUUUGAAUCAAGCCCAAUCAACGAUCUCUUCUCUUCAAGAGGGGGAAGUUCAUCUCAAAGAAGAGAUCCUAAAUCUUCAAUCUCAGCUAUCGGCAUUACAAACUCAGUUUGAAGAGGAAACAAAACAAAGGAAAGAUGCCGAAGAAAAAGUGACCAAUCUGGAAGAAGAAUUAGAGAGGACUGAGGCCACUACUACGGAGAGUCUGAGACAGAUGAGUGACAAAUACCAGGCACUGGAGACCCUGCUAGCCCAAGCAGAGGCAGACCUAACCUGGGAGGCUGAUACCCACAAGGCUCAGCUUGCUGCGGCCGAGGCCAUCAGCCAACAGAGGGCAGCAGAGUGCGAAGCUUUACAGAUUCAGAACAGGGAUCUCAUACAUGCGUGUAAUUCAGAGAAGGAAGAAUGUGAUCUUCUGAGAGAGCAAUUAGAAGAGCUUACAGUUGAAGACAAAAAGGAUUUAGAAGGGAUUGAUAACAGGUUGAACCAGCAGGAAAAGAAUAGUGAAGACAUGAAGGAGCUAUGUGGAGACCUUAGCAAACAUCUCAGGGGUAUGGAGGAGGAGAAGACCAGGACCAAAGACCAGGUCCUGGCCCUAGAACUCAAGGCCCAGAAAGAACAACAGAUGCUUGAAGAGGAGAACAACCAGCUUUCAACUGCCUUACAAACUGAAAAGGAACAAGUUGGUUUUCUUCAGAAUAAACUAGAGAAACUGGGCACUGAGAUGGAAGAAGAUUUAAAGGAAGUGACGGGGCUGGAUGAGAGACUACAACUCCAAGAAAAUGAGAUAUGUGCAAUGAGAGCAGUCAAGGACCAACUCCAGGCCAAGCUAGACGAACUCACGCAGGAGAAACUCCAGCUGAUGGCAUCAGUAAAGACAAUGGAGGAGGAAAGGGAGGAGGUUACACAAAACCAUGCAAUUGAAAAAGAGCAACUAUGUCAGGAACUUAACGUUGAAAAGGAGAGAGUUGACGCGUUGGAAGUUCAGCUGACAGAGCUCAGUCAUGAUUUUGAAGAGCUGAGUAACAUUGAACAUAGACUUGCCAAACAGGAAGGAACAGCUGAAAACAUCAAAAUGGACAAGGAUAGACUUAGUUCCAUGCUGAAGUCGGCCCAGGACAGGCAGGCAAGUGCAGAGCAGGCUCUGGACCAGGCACGCUCCGAGCAAAAGACUGUACAGAGGAGUCUAGAGGAGCAAGAGCAACUGAGUGCUAGUCUUGAAUCCAGCCUGAAAAUCACUCAGAAAGCCAAAGAGAGUCUAAUGACACAGGUAGAGCUACUGCAGGCAGCCAAGAAAAAGCUCAGCGCAGACUUGCUGGCAGGCCAGCAGAAUGUCCACAGGCUUGAAUGUGAAGCCACCUCAGCCAAACAGGAGAACUCCACCUUACGUGAGCAGGUCACCAGCAUGGAGACCACCUGGAGGUCUAGGGUUCAAGACCUCGAAGAAGCCUGCAGCCACCAACGGGCGGAGUUUGGGCGUCGACUGGUAGACACCCAAACCAAGCUGUCGCAGAGCGAGGCCGAGAGGCGGAAAGCUGGAGAGGAGUACGAAGCCAAGACGUCGCAGAUAAGAGAACGGCUUGAGGAGAGGAUUGAGGGUCUGGAACAAAGACUAAUCCAGCUUCAGACUGAGAGAGAAAAUCAUCAAUGCAUGGAUGAGGAGGCAGUGGAAAUUCUUCAAACUGAAUGUCAGAGUUGGAAGCUCAAGUUUGAGGAACUUAUGGAAAAGGUAGCUCCUUUUGAGGACCAACUCAACCAAUUUGAAAUGGAGAGACGAAUGUUGCUGAGUCAGAACGACGCAGCACAGAGUGAGGUCAGUAAGCUCAGUACCGAUUUUGCAAAACUUCUUGGCCAUCAGAACCAGAAACAGAAGAUCCAUCAUAUCAUGAAGAUCAAAGAUGAAAACGCUCAGCUCAAGAAGGAGGUUUCCAAACUACGAGAUGAAAACACCAGACAGAGCCGCAACUUGAGACAGAUGAAGGAUAAGAUGGAGAAGAUGGAGGGAAAGAAGAAAUUUGACGUCAGCACCGCUUUCCGGCACGGGAAGGAGAACCAGGCUCAGCCCCUCAGUCAAAGAAAUUAGAAGCAUUGCCUUGUAUUCAUUUGUUGUAUGAUAAUACUUAUAGUUUACUUUCAGUACCAGAAGUCUGUAAGCACUCGCCAUUAAAUAUAGCAAUAUUACACUGGCUUUACACAAACAUGACAAGCCCCCCCCC